ACCAAAUCGAAGCUGAAAUGGAAUACUGAUAGAAAAGUGCGAAAACUACGACUGUUUGAUUCACGCGCGAAUUUACCGAGACAGAGCAGAGAACGCCAUCUACUUAAUACAGUACAAUUGAAGAACAAACAAGGUUCGUGCAAAUUUGGGUACAAAGUCAUAUACAAUAGCAAAAGAAGGUUUCUAUUAUUACGUCCAGUACUGCCAUUAAGAAUUGCUUUAAACUCUAACGCUGAACAGAUGCCUGUCUCUUAGAGGGCCACUAUAUAAAUACGAUUCGUGUCAAGCUUUUGAGAGCGUUUUUCCGUUACCAUCAGAGUACUGGAUGUAAGAUAAAUUUGUUUUUCGAGCCAUAAAUUACCUGUAUGGGCGACGGCAAACUAAAUCUAGCGUGUCCCUAUUAACCCUGUUGAGCAUACUAUCAGUUGUCGUUUUCUUGCAGAAAAACAUGUUAGGCCUCAUGUUGAAGGUGUUGCUGUGGCAUAUUAUCUUAGUGGUAGCCAUUGCAGUCUAUCCAUGGAGCAUCGAAUUUUCUCCCACGCCAUACGAAGUCACCAUCCAGCCAUUGGAGGGCGGACUUAGUCAGAAUACCCUUUUGGAAUCAGUGGAAUUCCUUCAUCGUGGAAAGUUUCUCGGUCCAGAGAGCCUCGAUAUUUUCGGGGAAACCAUCUACACAGGCGUGUAUGGCGGUUACAUACUAGCCAUAGGAGGAACAGGAAUCCACAAGAUCACCCGUAUAGGUAGAGAGUGCAACGGUCUGUACGACCAGGAACUUUGCGGACGGAUACUCGGUUUACGGGUUAAUUAUGAUGGAACUAAGUUAUUGGUUGCCGAUGCCUAUCACGGCAUAUAUAUGGUGGACACGGAGAGCGGAGAUUCCAGCCUGAUCAUACCUCGGGGUGUGUCUGUCGAAGGCAAAAAGCUCCAACUUUUUAACGAUAUUGUGAGUGAUUCCAAAGGUGUCAUCUACUUCACUGAAAGUUCAAACAAAUACCCCCUAUACAAGAUUGUGUGGGCAAUUAUGGAACACGAUGCGUCUGGCCGAGUGAUGGCUUACGACCCGGUGAAACGCGACAUGCGUGUUCUUCUUGAUGGUCUUGUUUGCCCGAAUGGUAUUCAACUGACACAUGAUGGGAAAGCAUUGCUGGUGUCGGAGACUGGAAACUUUCGUAUUCUUCGAUACUACCUCGAAGGUGAGAAGAAGGGCACAUACGACGUGUUCGCUCAAAAUCUGCCAGGAGAGCCUGACAAUAUCCGAAAGUCUCUGUCGGGAGGCUAUUGGGUGGCAUUUGUCAAUGGCCGAAGCCAACGAACCCUUUUCGAUUUACUUGCUCGCUAUCCAUUCGUUAAACUGGGUCUGAUCCGGUUAACGCACGCGGUCGGCGCAGCUGUCCAUGUCCUUGCAAGUCUCUGGAACAGCACUGGUCUAUACGAGCUAGCUGCAUACUUCAGUAACGGCUGGGUAUUCUACGAUCAGAUACCAAAAUACGGCAUGAUCGUCGAAUUGGACGCCACCGGAACAAUCAAACGAUCCCUGCACGCGUCAUCUGGUCGCAUUAACUUCAUUUCCGAAGUGCUUGAACACGAUAACUACCUCUACCUCGGCUCGUUCCGCAACGACUUCAUCGGAAAAGUGAAGCUCGACUGAUGAUACGAGAUGCGAAGUGAGCAGACCCUAUGCAAAAUGAAACUGCUCCAAAAGUAUCUACCGCAACGACACGCCCGAGCACCGUGCAGCAUGAAGCGACUCCGAAGAAGUCCCCCGCGGGUAGAUAUCGCCGAGGUUCGUAGAAUUCUAUUCAAAGGUCGUCCCUCCGGCAAAAAGGCCAAACACAAUAACAGACACCAUUGAUACCAUUUAAAUGCUCCGUAGUCCACCGAACUGCGUACCCACCCUAUUGAUGAAAGAAGGCAAGCUAGACAUAAUCAUUACUGGCUAAUCUAAUCGUAAUAGAAUUAAGUGCGCGUAUGUGCGCUCUGUUGAAAUAGGUGCACAGAAGGUAGAUAAUAGGACAUAUUAGGAUAAUAAUCAUAAUUGUAAUAUUAAUUACGAUAACAAUCGAUUUUCCAGGUCGACGGCAUAUCCAAAUGUUUUUCAAAGCAUUAUUGAACCGGUUUGCCAAAAUGGAUGCUAGCAGAGUAUCUGUAAUACAUCGUCAGACAACGAAAAAGCAUAAAGAGAUGUAGAAUUCCACUAUAUUGCCACACCAGUGUUGUUUAAGUUCGCAAUAUAGCAAUAUCGUCAUUAACUCUACAAUUAAUAUUCCACAUAUUACUACUACAGUAAUGUGUGAUAACAUAUAAGUGUAUAUUGCACAGUAGUAUCGUUAGUAAAGCUACAAUAUUUACAUCUCGUUUGCUUCUUCCAUGCCCUUGUAAAUAUUCAAUCCACUUAUUAAUUAACAAUGUUGUAAUACGAACGAAGUUAUUUUUAAUUAGCGUAAGUGAGUUAAGGAAAACGUCCGAUAUCAUCUUCGGUCUCUGAAAGCCAUUCAACAAACAGCUAAGUUGUUAAACCGCGGAACUGGUACAGCGGUAGAGCGUGUGACCUAUUGUGCUGGCGAUCUUUCAUCUUCAGAUCCAUCGCGUUCUAUAGAUAUGAUAAACAUAUCAGAAUGACGAAUGUAAAGUAUUCAUUUUUAUACAGGGCUUCCGCUGUACAAUUAGUAAUACUUAUCUAUGAACAUGCUUAUCUAUAAACCAAGUUUACUUAUAUAUUUAAUAAUGGAGUGUGGGUAAAGUGGAUGGUGUUCGCUUUUUUUGAUCAUCGCAGUUUAGCUACCUACGAUGUCCAAUAUAUUUUUACUGAUAAUCAGAAUGUUUCUUGCCUUUACAAAACAAAAAGUUGGGAAUUAUUGAAAAUGCUCUUUUGUGUUUUCGUAUGAUAUAUCGAUAUGAGAUUCUAAAAAAUAUGCAGAUGACACGAGCUCAGAGGAUCGACGAAAGCAGGUUUAGCACAAUCAAUAUUAUAUUAAACGAUUUUUUAUACGUCUUUCAUACCUGAAUACCAUUGUACUAUCCACACGUGAUUCCCCGUUCACUUUGAUUCCACUUCCUGGGCAUACUCAUGGAUUUUUUUUGACUCAAAACAAGUUUACGGAGUGUAACAGAGUUAUGGUUUACACGACUUCCUCCAGUAUUCUAAGUUCCUUCGGCUCAAUACUGUACUCUUUGAUUUCAAUAUAUUUCCCACAAAAAAAAGCUGUUUAAAUUUUCUAGAUUCGAUUUUAUACUUUUGUUUUAGCUUAGCACAUCCAACUCAUCGAUUUUGAAAUACGAUGCGUUUCUGAUUAAGCCUGUAGCUAGACGGAUUAACGUUUUGAAAAAACGACAGUCAGGUCUUUAAAAGUACAGAAAACCAGAAAAAGAAGGAAGAACAAUACCAAAUGAUACUAUGAAGUAAUUGAACGGAACGCACUAUUGCUAUAUAUAUAUGCUCAUCUUACCGCAAACUGUUGCUUUGAAAUGGGUUGUGUGGUAUUGUGCCUAUGAGCUGCGUUCCUUCAAAAACGCGUAGCAAAGAACAAUAACCGAAAUCGAUCGAUUAGCUUAAAGUGCAUCUUAACAAAGUCAAGAAUGUAUCAAAACUUGUAGUGACUUGACACCGGGAUUAUUAGGGGACAUUAGGAAAAAGAUGACCACGUUCAUGUACAACCACAAUAAGUCGUCCCAACCACUGGGUUUCGAAUCGUAUUACAGGCCUUUAAGGCCCUCAUACACGCCCAAGCCCGGGCGAAAAGAUGUGCCUAAACCGAAUUUCAGUACUGACACGAAAUGCCUCGUCCAAAAAA